CCAUACACCCUUUACUGUAUACUAGGCCUGAUGACGAGCACACUGUCACACUUUUGGCAGUUAGCCUCUUCAUCAAAGGAAGAUAGACUUGCAUCAGCACAUGCAUUGGUAAAAGGAUUGGCACCGGAGAAUAACAAUCGCGGCUCAAUUCAAAAGGGAAAGCAACCUCUUUUCGAAGAUGGCUUAGGCAAAAGAGAGGAAGAUGUACCAGAGAAUGUCACUGAUGCUCAACUGGGACAAGCAGAAUCUGCACUUGAGUCUACCGGAAAUCCUGACUUGGUAUAUGCUAUCAAAAGACUGACCAAAGGCUUAGCAAGUCACCGCGAAAGUGCUCGAUUGGGAUUCUCAGUUGCACUAUGCGAACUAUUUCAACGUACAAGAUCAAUAAGCACCCAACAUGCAAUCGAUCUUAUAUUGGCAUACUCUAAACCAGCACAAAAGAUUAAAGGGCAGGAAGAAAGAGACAUGCUCUUUGCACGAUUGUUUGGUUUGCACGCUUUAGUACGCUCUGAAGUGCUUUGCGAUUCUAGUGUUACGAAUCAGGAAGACUUUCAACGUAUAAUAAGAAUCUUGCAUAAUAUCAGCAGCGGAAAGCAUUGGCUACGUGAGAGUGGAACAUCGGUGAUCGUACAAGCUAUUGAGCAGCUAUCAAAAACCAACAAUCCUCCCAGCUGGAAAUCAAACGCAUUGAAAUGGCUGGUCGAGAUUGUAUGCAAUGAUGAUCGUGUGACUGCAGAUAGUGUUGCUCUCUUCAUGACAUUGAAACAGAAUUCACCCGAGAGCUUUGCAAGUGCUCAAAGAUUGCCACGCUUUGCUAAUCAAGAGCUAUUGUCUUCUGCUAAUGUACCGAUACUAGCAAGGAUAUUGCGAGAUGCUCGUGGGGAGGACGCGAAUGAUGAAGAAGCAACACCAUCCUAUGCCUCGGGCAGUACGCAAGCACACUUUGUAUGGGAUAUGAUAUUCAGUCAGUAUGCUGACACUGCAUCAGCCGGCGGUCAAAAAGCGCCGUUUGAUGUGAUGUAUCGUAUUCUGGUCGAUGAUAACCUGUUCGCCGUAACCUCUUCGCACCAAAAGAAAGCGUGGGGCUUCCAAUUGAUACAAAGAGCUGCUCGUAUUGUUGAUCAAUCUUACGUUUCCGACAUUUUCAUGCCUAAUUUGAUGCGAACGCUGCUCAACCAACUCAGUGCAAAAGAUCCAAUCCUACAAAAAGCUGCUCAAAGAGCAUGUAUUGGCCUGCAACAAGCGGUGAAAGAACGGCCUUCGAUUGCGUAUGAUGUGGUGUUGCGACUUACAGAUCCAAGUGUCAAUUACCGGUUCGAUUCGGUCACCAAUACCAAGACAGUAGAAACAAUUCUGCGUUCCACCCCAAGCGAUGACGUCCGUAGAUACGCUGAUCGGCUGAUCUUAUCGGCAUGUCAUGAACAAUCUAAUGGAAAGCGAGCUUCCAUCCUCGAUUCUCUGUUGAUCCUAGUACGCAACGCGCAGAUCGACACAGAUGAUGCAUGCAUCGAGAACAUUUUGACAUUUUUUGCUGCUCAUGGAUUGUUCACGAUGAAGAAAGCAUUAGAGAAAGCACCAUCAAGUAGAGCCAGCCUGACGAUUGCACCUGUUUCUGAAGGCUUCUCUUCGUCCGUCCAAAGCUCCUGCCGAUCACGAUUCUUAUCGUGUCUUUCUGAUUUACAUGCGGCCUCGGCGUCUGUUCAGCAGAAUAGGGAGGAUGUUGACUGGAUUUCGCGAGGUAACGAGAUUAUUAUUGCUUUGGACAAAGAUUCUCAACAUUUCACCCGUCUACCCAAGACUCAACACGAAAUCUUGGGCAAAGUAGAGAAGACUCUCAAGAGCUUACGAUCUGGCAGCGAAAAGGCAGAAGGCAGCAAGAAAGAUCGCUACCAAUCCUAUUCAACUUUACUAUUGGCUUCUAGUAUUUACGCACAAGCCGCACUACAGCAAGAGGAAGAGGUGAAUGAACUUAUUGAGCCGAUGCUCGAAUGCGCGAAUCAGCUAUUGACAAACAAGAAAGCGGUAUCAAGUAAGAGCGAUGCAGAUAGUCCUGGACCAAUGGAAUUGUUUAUAGAUUGUCUGUCAAAUGCUUUGCAGCAACCAACAGCAUUCUUGCGAAGUAUUGCAACUCAAGCUUUCGACGCAUUCGCAGAGGAUAUGACUCAAUCAUCCGUGCGACUUCUGAUCGAGCAACUUGGGUUCAAUCAAGGUAACAAUGGCGAAGAGGGCGUAGAAGAAGAUAAGAAUGAAGGCGAAGAAGAGGAUGAUGUCAUGUCGGAUUCUGUUUCCGAUACUUCCGCCACGAGCACUUCAUCAGAGGUUGACGAUGAAGAUGUAGAUGCAGAGUUUGCCAAGAAGAUCAGAGAGGCAUUACAGUCGGGCGGAAUUGCUGAUAAGGAAGAAAGGAGCGAAGGGGAAGAUGCAGAGGACGACGAUGACGAUGAGAGUGAUUCAUCGUCUGUCUCUAUGGAAGACUUUGAUGAUGAACAAAUGAUUCUGAUGGACGACAAAUUGGCAGAUAUUUUCCGUCAAAAGUAUGCAACACGCAAACAAGAAGAUGAAGCAAGAAAAGAAGAGGCAACCUUUCACGUUCGUAUUAUCGACCUUUUGGAUCACUUUGCCUUACGUCAGGGUGACAAUGCAUUAUGUGUCGAAAUGGUAUUGCCUUUGUUCACGAUUGCAUUUGAGAAAGACAAAGCUCUUGGUCAAUUGAGACAAAAAGCAACCACUGUACUCCGCAAGACUUUAUUGAAAGGGGGUAGUAGUGGUAGUGGAAAUAAGCUGAACGUUGUAGGAACGUCUUCGAUGCAAAGCGCUCUUGAUUCUUUGGAUGCAGUUCACAAGAUGGCAGCCACUAAUUUGACAUCUGAUCAAAUGAGUUUAGCCAAUGCUUGCAAUCUUUAUUUGACGAAGAGCUGCUCACCGCCAGAUCAAGACGUGCCCGAGAAAGUUCGUUCCAUUUAUGUGGCAACUUUGAAUGAUUUCCUCGAAAGAAAGAAUAACAACCUCAAGCCUUCUUUCUUGAUCGAUGCAUUUUCACGAUUCCCACAUUUGGCUUUCUCAUUACGAGAUGAAUUAUUGCAAGCCGCAAGUGGUGAACAGAGUUCGAGUCAAAAUGCCUUUAGACAAGUUCAGGUGAUGGAAAUGUUGCGUGUCUGCAUUGCAAAUCUCAUUGGUCAAUUGCAACAACAGCAAAACCUCAGUGAAGGAAUUACCGUGCAAGGUAUUCAAAAGCUAUUACAGAAUCUAGCAGAAUUGACUUUCCGUCGUGUCAAACACGAUCAACAUCGAAUCAAGGAAGUCUUGAAAAGUGCUUUGCCUUAUGUCCGUCUAACACGUAAACUUGUUGAGCAAGUCAAGCAAAAGACUGGAAAAGAAGCAGAGGCAGAAAUACAAGAAAUUUGGCCAAAAAGUGAAAUCCAAUCGGCUAUGGAAGCUCUCAACACGACAAAUAUUAUGCCAAAUUCGGCAAGUUUGCAAGGUUUAUUGAAACAAAUGUUAGCAUUGACAACGGUUGAUGAGAAGAAAGACGGAAAGAGGAAGAAGGGAGAAGAUGAUAGCACUCUCGAUCAAUCAAAGUCUAGUACCAAGGGAAAGAAGAAAGCCAAAAAAGUCGAUUGAUUGAUGAUAAAAAAGCACAUGUACAUUAAGCAUCUUGCGUUGAUAAUUUAAACAUAAUCUUUC